AUGCCUGCAGUUCUUUCUUUAAUUGAAAUUUUGAAAAAAUAUUCAGACUAUUUAAUUGCAACAACUGCUAGUAUGAAUGAACUUCAUCAUAGCAAUGAAAGUGCUCGUAGUCCUGGAAAUAAUAAUGAAUAUGUUCAAUUGGACGAUUUAUUAUCUGAAAAAUCAUUUUACGAACAUAUUGAAAUUCAACAAUAUCUUCCAGACGAUGCUAUAAGCCGAUACAAAUUUAUGAAAGAGUUGCAGCUUACAUUUUCUAUUGGUAUAUAUAG